CCUGCGGCCGCAGCUCAAUCCGCGCGGCUGUGCCCUUAGCUGGGUCUGUGCCCGGGCUCGGCUGCCGCCGGCGCGUCGGGAACCCGGUCGUGAUGGGGACGAAGGGGAAGGUCCGGAGGACACAGUUGCUCCUCUUCGCGUCGGUGAUCCUGUGCUCGCUGGCGCGGGGCAGGGGAGCAGUGUACACUUCGGAAUCUGAAGUCCAAGUUCCUGAGAAUAAACCUGCCAAGCUGUCCUGCUCCUACUCCGGCUUCUCCCACCCCCGGGUGGAGUGGAAGUUCUCCCAGGGCGACAUCACCAGCCUCGUCUGCUACAACAGCAAGAUCACAGCCUCCUAUGAGGACCGGGUCACCUUCUCAAACACUGGCAUCACCUUCCACUCCGUGACCCGGAAGGACACGGGGACGUACACCUGCAUGGUCUCGGAUGAAGGCGGCACCGCCUACGGGGAGGUCAGCGUCCAGCUCACCGUGCUCGUGCCCCCGUCCAAGCCCACGGUGAACAUCCCCUCCUCUGCCACCAUCGGGAGCCGGGCGGUGCUGACCUGCUCGGAGACGGACGGCUCCCCGCCCUCUCAGUACACCUGGUACCGGGACGGGGUCUCGAUGCCUCUGGAGCCCAAGAGCAGCCGUGCUUUCAGCAACUCUUCCUACAGCCUGAACCCCAAGACGGGGGAGCUGGUCUUCGAUCCCGUCUCAGCCUCUGAUACAGGAGAGUACUCCUGCGAGGCCCAGAACGGGUACGGGACGCCCAUGAUGUCCGACGCGGUGCGCAUGGAGGCAGUGGAGCUGAAUGUGGGGGGCAUUGUGGCAGCCGUCCUGGUCACACUCGUUCUCCUUGGGUUCCUGGUGUUCGGCAUCUGGUUCGCCUACCGCCGAGGCUACUUUGACAGGAUGAAGAAAGGGACCGAGAGUAAGAAGGUCAUUUACAGCCAGCCCUCCACCCGAAGCGAAGGGGAAUUCAGACAGACCUCCUCCUUCCUGGUGUGACCCCGGCCCUCCUCCGAGCCGCCUCACUCAGGUGCUACCGGACUCUGGCCCCAGAUGCUGUGGUUUCACAGGAUGUUGUGUUUGUCUUCUGGCCCGCAGGGGCCCCUUUUUCCUUUGUUGGGACGUGUUUUUAAUAACGUCGGCCAGGAGCUCCCUCCCCCAACCCUCUGUGUCUUCUUCCUUGCCCGGUGCUGCGAGGGGGCGAGCUCUCUGUCCCAACAGGGAGCCAAGCGGGAGUCUUGGCUGUGCCCACUGAGUGCCUUUCCCUCAGGAGCGGAGGCGCACUCCCCGCUGGGCCCGGAGCCGCCCUCGAAAGGGACCUGAGCCUGGAGCCUCGGCUCCUUCCCGCAGCACCGAGGACCAGCGUACACGGCGGUUCCGCCUCCGUUCUGCCUCCUCUUUCCCUCGGGAAGUGCCCCCGGGGGCCUCCUGCCGAGUCCUGCACGCGGGCAGAGUGACACCACCUUCUCUGUAGGAGAAACGGGACCUUCGGUUGUGGGCAGUUUCGGGGGAUGAGAAGCACGGGUUUCCGAGCUGGAGCUGCGUGUGGUCUGAGGCCUGGGCUGACGGCGAGUGUGUGCUGGGCGCUUCCAGGCUCUCAGGUGCGAUUGUGUUUGCGUGUGUGUGUUUGUGUAGCUGGAAAUAACGACGUGGUUGGUCCAAGGUUCUGGUUGUGCCUGGGGGAGGGAGGUUCUCGGUUUCCUGCUUUGCACAAACAGGGAAGUGCCCGAGCCCUGCCUCCCAGAGACCUGGGCAGGCCCCACUCCCUGUCCCACCGCUUCCUGGUUCAAGGUGGAGCUUUCUUCUCCCAGAGCCCUCUGGUGGCGCCUGUGCACGGGCUCCGCACGGAUCACACCCACCCUCCACCCCACCAGCCCGGUGUGGACCCUUCCUGAGGCUUCAGGGAAAGUGCCCCAGAGCCCACGCGGCAGGAGGGUGUCUCACGCCGUUUGGAGAACAGCGUCUUCGGCAGAAGCUCACAGUGGCCGCUCCUCCUCUGUGUAGUGGGGCUGCCGUUCAAAGAGAACGUCCCUCGGGACAGGUUCCGUCAGCCGUGUGCGUGCGUGCACAGGUCCGCCCAGCCUUGCACGCCUCCUCGCACUCCGACCCUUCCUCACCCCGAAGUUACUGUCUCCCCACCAGCGGGUCCCUGGUCCAUCGGUCAGCCGGCAGAUACAGGCUUUUCCAGUGUCCACUUUGCGCCUUCACCUCUGGGGAGGGGGCUGAGCACCGCUUGGCAGCCUGACCUGGGAACCCCUGGCAGAGCUGAGCUUUCAGUCCAGGACCCGACAGGAACAACAUAAACAAGUCAGACCCUCAGGGAAGGGUCACACACCAAUCAAAACAAUGUCCACAUGGAAAUGAAAUCUAGACAAUAAAAGUAGAGAUUACGAGACGGUUCUGGGAGAAUGGGAUGAGUAAAGUGUGAUUCAGAACUGUUGUCCUGCUGGGAGAAGGGUGGGGGGGAAAGGCCACGGGGACUGGAGGUGAUUCACUGCCUGUGACUUGGCCACUCGGUCACUUGUGGUCACUCAGUCACUUGGCGGGUUACCUGCAGCAGCUGUGGAACUUCCCUUGGCAGCUGAGCGCCGCCCCUCGACUGGGGGACUGUGUCUGCCUUCACUGUAGAGCGUCAAAACUGAAUAUUUGUAAUAAAUGUUUUUCACAUUGA